AUGUCGACCCACACGGGAAUGGGUGCGUGCUGCCUCUCCGGAGUCGUGCACGAAGGCACCCCCAAAGGCCGUGAAGACACGAUUGGCGGUCUGCCAACAUACAUCGCGGAGCCCGCCAACAAAUCCACCUCCAAAACCGUAGUCUUCAUAACCGAUAUCUUUGGCUGGAAAUUCAAGAACGUGCGACUCCUGGCAGAUGUGUAUGCGAAUGCAGGCUUUUAUUGUUAUAUCCCAGAUGUUCAUGAAGGUGAUUCCAUCGACAUCGAAUUCCUCAAGAGUAUCGAGCCACCAUUGAAGCAAAAAGAGCAGGAAGGGCUUCUGGACAAGGCGAAAGAGACGGUCGACGUGAUGGCCACGCUGGGGCCGUGGUUGGCCAGGCAUCGGGAAUCUGUUGCUGAGCCGCUCAUCAGCGGAUUUAUCAACCAUGUCAAGACCAUACCGGGGACGAAUAAGAUCGGGACGAUCGGUUUCUGCUGGGGUGGCCGAUACUCUAUUCUCCAAGCCCACGGUCGCAAGGAGGGCCAAAUCGGCGGCGUUGAUGCCGCCUACGCCUGUCACCCAUCCCUCCUCUCCAUUCCAGCGGACAUCAGCCCGGUUUCGAAACCCACCAGUGUCGCCGUUGGUGAAAAAGAUAGUCUUCUCGACAUGAAAUCGGUAGAUCAGCUCAGAGAGGCGCUCGAAAAGACCGGCGUGCCCACUGAGGUGAAAGUCUAUAAGAAUCAGGUACAUGGAUUUGCCUUGAGAAGCGACUGGAGCAGUGACGAGGACAAAAAGGCAAUGGAUGAUGCGGCAAAGCAGGGGAUUGAUUGGUUCAACAAGUAUCUUGUCGAGCCCUGA